GUGAUGAGAGAGAGCACAGCAGAAAUUUAGAGGAACAAGGGUGAUGGCGGCCGCAAAUAACAAGGCAAAAUUCUCUCGUGCUUCCCUGUACCGCCGUAUCUAAGUCGGACGGGACACUCGGACGCAACGGAACAGCAGGCUUCUUCCUCGCCGCCUCCAAAAAUAAGAGCACAAAUGCUGAAACAGGUGCAAAUGGGGCUUCGCGCGUUUCUCUUGCUCGCCUCCAAAAUAUGGACCUGCAUUUGCUUCUUGGUCAAGAAACAGGUCCGCGCGGUUGUGAAGCAUCAGCCAGUAAAAUACGAGCUCUUCCCUCUUUCUCCGUUAUCAAGGCACAGACUAAGUAUCGUGCGCAGAAAGGUGCUUGUGCUUGACCUGGACGAGACUCUUAUACACUCACACCAUGAUGGAGUUGUUCGUCAAACAGUCAAACCAGGCACUCCUCCUGAUUUUGUCCUCAAGGUGGUCAUUGACAGACACCCUGUUCGAUUCUUUGUGCACAAAAGACCACAUGUUGACUUCUUCCUAGACAUCGUUUCCCAAUGGUACGAAUUAGUCGUUUUCACGGCCAGCAUGGAAAUCUAUGGAGCGGCUGUGGCUGACAAACUGGACAACUCUCGUGGCAUUCUGCAAAGACGCUACUAUCGACAGCAUUGUACGCCUGAAAUGGGCAGUUACACCAAGAAUCUUUCCGCCAUAUGUGCAGAUCUCAGCUCCAUUUUCAUACUUGACAAUUCGCCAGGAGCCUACCGUUCCUAUCCAGACAAUGCGAUUCCCAUUCGAUCGUGGUUCAGUGAUCCAACCGACACGGCGUUGCUCAACUUGCUGCCUGUGCUAGAUGCCCUGAGAUUUACGCAAGACGUUCGUAGCGUCCUUAGCAGGAAUCUGCAUAUUCAUAGGCAGUGGUAGCGCACACAGAUGCAGGGUGUGAGACGGAGAGUUGGAGAUGUUGAGGAUCCUCAACCAGCAGCGCUGCCGAGUCAUAACUUGCAAGAGACUGUGCUGAGUGUGUGAUUUGCAUAACAAAAUUGACGCUUGGAACUCCCUCUUGAUGACUUGUGAUGUCCCACAAUAUUUAGCAAAGGAACUUCUGUAUCACUAAAAGACAUUUUGGAGCACAACAGCUGAGAGCUAAGCAAAGUUCACAGAAAAGAGAAAUUAGAUUUAACAUUCAACUAAGAAACUUUUCCAACAGAUGUAGCGAACGAAAUUCAGUGUUUUCAGGAUUUGCUGUUAAACGCAAGUCUUAUGAUUUUCUUUGCUCUUUUUAUAAAAGAUACACAAUAGGGUUUUAACUAAUAUUAGGAAGUAAAUGUUGACUGUACAUACCUAAAUCAUAAACUUCGAUUGUUAAAAAGCUCUUCUCAUAAUUUGGAGAAAAGAUCAAUGUUUUAAUGUUGGCAGUGAAUGAAUUUAAAAGCCAACUAAACCAGGGACUGUUUUGCUUUCUUGUAUUACUGAAACUGAACUGUUAGCAGUGGCAACAAACAUGUCUCUGCUUCUAUUGAACAAACAACACUUACAAGCAAUAUAAUGCAAGCAGAUUAAAUGCUUGUACGAGUACAAAUUUCAUUUACUCUGUGCGACUGGUAUGAAAUCCAAGGUGUACAAGUCUGACAUCUUGCCAUUAGGAUGGAAUAUUUUACUGUGUAUUUGAAAUUAUUAAUUUUAAUUUAUCAUUGAGUGCGAAAUAAGCAGGAAUUUUGUUUACAACCACUUGGUUUAAAGAGUUGAUCUCUACCAAAAUAUUAAUUUAUUAAUACUAACACAGCUCGAGUCUAAAGUGUUUGUUGCCUUUUGCUAUUAGAUUGGUCACUCGCAAUUAUAAGAGCUCUAGCUCUCAAAAUUUGAGCUGGUUAAUGGAAUUCACUCAAAUGCUAGUCUUUCUCUUUACUUAAGCAAAGAAAAAGUGGAAAAUUAUCACUUAAAAUUCAAUGACUUGCAUUUUUUUUUAUUACUAUUGGAGAAACCUGAAUUAGAAACACUUAAUUGACUUUAUGGACACUGAACAUUUACAAAAAGUUACUGAUGAGUAUGUUUAAGUGAUUUAAGUAAUGUUACCUUUAAGUGUUUCUCAAAAUUGGUGUCUAGAACUUAAAAUCAUGUAAUCCAGCCAUUGUCAGCCACCAUAAUAUAAUAAAAAUUGAUCAUUUCAGUAAAUUAUUUUUGUUUCU